UCCACAAAGACACAUAGCCUAUGUCAUGGCUCUUAUAAGCAUGUAUUCACAGAGAUUAAAGGGAGAGAGAGAGAUGUAUUAUAGUCCAAAUAUAGAACCUUCUUUCUAGUCUAUCUAUCAAAAUCUAAUCUAUAAAUUGCUCAACGUAGUGUCGGCUUUUCACUUUCAAUUUCUUAAAUCUAGAACGUUCUUUCUUUUCUUUUCUUUUCUUUCUCUAAUAAUAAUCUUUGAUAUGGCAUCUCAAGCCAGCCUUCUCCUUCAAAAACAGCUCAAGGAUCUUUGUAAACAUCCUGUGGAUGGGUUCUCUGCUGGGUUGGUUGAUGAAAACAAUAUCUUUGAAUGGAGUGUUACCAUUAUCGGACCGCCUGAUACACUUUAUGAAGGGGGAUUUUUUAAUGCCAUUAUGAGCUUUCCAUCCAAUUAUCCAAAUAGCCCUCCUACGGUUAAGUUCACCUCAGAGAUAUGGCAUCCUAAUGUUUACCAGGAUGGGCGUGUUUGCAUUUCAAUUCUUCAUCCACCAGGUGAUGAUCCAAACGGCUAUGAGCUUGCAAGUGAGCGCUGGAUGCCUGUCCAUACAGUUGAAAGCAUAGUACUGAGCAUCAUAUCAAUGCUUUCCAGUCCGAAUGACGAAUCUCCCGCAAAUGUUGAAGCUGCAAAGGAAUGGAGAGAUAGGAGAGAUGAUUUCAAGAAAAAAGUUAGCCGCUGUGUGAGAAAAUCGCAAGAAAUGUUGUGAUCCUUCACUUAUGCGUCUUCUCUGUCCGUGUGUGCCAAGAAAUGUCAGAAUUUAUUAUGGGUGGGGUGUGGGAGGGAGGGGGACGGGAUCAGUGGGUAAUUUGUUAUCCUUGUAGAACACAUUUGAGAUUCUCACUCCUGUCUCUACAUUUACCUUUUCCUUUGCUUGGUCAUUGUUACAACUCAAGAACAUUGUUGUACUUUAAAUAUAUUUUGGUUAGUGUUAUGCUCAAGAGUUCUUGUGAUUA